UGGUUUAUAUGUACACACGUAUUCCUUCCUCAUUCUGGUCCUACAUAUGCACACAUCAACUGUUACUGGUUACUGCCUCCAUACACACAUUUUUUAAGUGUAAAGUUUGCGUGAAAUUAGAUAAUUAAAAUGUUCGGGUGUUUUAAAACCGGGGUUUUCCACCCGAACGGGAAGACGCUCAGCACCACGACGGUCAUAUCCACGGUAGACGACGAGAAACACACGGAAGUGAGUGAGGAAGAAGAUAAGCACGGAUUUGCCCGGAUGUUGACGGAUUGGAGAAGUGUGUGCAUUCUCCUUUUCCUUUACACCUUGCAAGGUCUCCCCCUCGGCUUAGCGGGCUCAAUCCCGCUCAUCAUUCAGGAACGCAACGUGACCUAUUCGGAGCAGGCCAAGUUUUCACUGGCGGGAUGGCCGUUUUCGUUAAAAUUGUUGUGGGCGCCGUUAGUGGAUGCGAUUUAUUUUAGAAGAAUUGGGAGGAGGAAAUCGUGGUUGAUUCCGGUCCAGUACUUGAUCGGGGGGACGAUGUUGUUCCUCUCGUUUUGGGUGGAUCAUUUACUCGAUUCGCUGCAGAUCGGGGUGCUCACGGGGUUCUUCUUCUUUCUGAAUUUUCUUACGGCUACGCAAGACGUAGCGGUGGAUGGAUGGGCUUUGACUAUGCUGAAAAAAGAAAAUGUCGGCCUAGCAUCCACCUGUAAUGCGGUAGGACAAUCUUUUGGAGCAUUUAUAGGUUACGCCGUAUUCAUAAAUUUAAAUUCACCCUCCUUCUCGAACAAAUGGUUUCGAACCGUGCCCAACAACGAGGUUGGAAUCGUCACUCUCGCCAGUUUUAUGGGAAUCUGGUCCAUCAUUUACUUCGUUUGUACCACGCUGCUCUUAAUUUUCAAGAAUGAGGAGGAUGAACCAGGAGCAGAAAAUGGUGACGGAGAAAAAAACAAUAAUUCCAUUGUCUCAAGUUAUUUACGGCUUUGGGACAUCCUAAAAUUACCCUCCGUUCGGAAAUGUGUGCUGUUUUAUUUCACCAGCAGUCUUGGAUUUGCUGCCGUGCAUGCCCUCAGCGAAUUAAAAUUUGUCGAGGCGGGAUUACCCAAAGAAGUGAAGGCUCAGCUAUCCGUCCCAUUAAUCCCGAUAAGUUUGCUCGUUCCGGUCCUGGUUUCUAAAUGGACGGUAGGAGUCAAACCGAUGAGCCUUUUCAUGAAGGUGUACAUUUUUGCCUUAUUAACCACUGGAGUAAUUGCGGGCAUGGUUUGGGUAACCGGCGAGGUGAAAGAUGACCACGGCGGAUUUCCAUCCUGGUACGUCCCCACUUUACUAGCAGUGGAAGCCAUACUUAAAAUUGUCGAGACAAUAAUGUUCGUCGCAAAGAUGGCAUUUGUCGCAAGAAUUAGUGACCCCGCCCAUGGCGCCACAUUUAUGACGAUGUACAAUACGGUUUCUAACUUGGGGAGUGCGUGGCCGAGAGCAGCCGCCCUUUGGUUGGUGGACCCCCUCACGUUCAAAUCCUGCCCUUCAAAUGAGUCAGGAUCACUGUGCACCACAACGUUUGAUGGCUAUUAUGUCGAAACAAUUGCCUGUAUUGUGAUCGGUUUGGUAUGGUUCUUAUGGGGCAAUGUUACCAUAAAAAAGCUGCAAAAGAAACCGGAAACUGUGUGGAAACUGGAGAAAAAAUAAUUUUGUGGAGAAGAAGAAGCUUAAUUUAUAUGCAUGUAUGUACAUAUGUAUACAGCAACGAAACUACGAUUUUUACUCAAUUGACCAAACAAACAAAUGUAAUUACAUACGUCAAGUUCAUCGUGAAGGGUCCUUUUUCUUGCCCUUUUCAUGAGCUACAUGAAUAAACCAUUUUAAUCCUAAA